UACGACUCAUUAUCACAUACUUUGUGUGUAAACCUUCCUCGUUCUGGUAUAUCUUUCUACUUACACAUCUCCUACGACUCAUCCUCCCACAAACUUUGUGUGUAAAUCUGAACCACAUUCAUGAUGUUUCUUCUCAUUGUGGCCUGCAUAUCUUUCUACUUACACUUCUCCUACUGUCCUACAACAUAUUCUCUCAUAAAUUUUUGUGUGUAAAGCUGGAUCACAUUUAUCCUCCUCCUCCUUAUUUGUGAUUCUGAAAACAUUAGUUCAAGAAAAAAGUCAACAACUCGUAAGAAGCAAAGCAGACCAAGAAAAAAAUGGCAGGAGGGUCGUUUGGUCCAACGGGUGUGGCUAAAGAAAGAGCAGAACAGUACCAAGGGAAAGUCACUAGCUAUGUCAUCAUCGCUUGUCUUGUUGCAGCCAUCGGUGGAUCCAUCUUUGGAUAUGACAUUGGAAUCUCAGGAGGAGUCACAUCAAUGGAUGAGUUUCUUGAUCAGUUUUUCCAUACGGUUUAUGAGAAGAAGAAGCAAGCUCAUGAGAGUAAUUACUGCAAAUAUGAUAAUCAAGGAUUAGCUGCUUUCACUUCUUCACUCUACUUGGCUGGUCUGGUUUCAACUCUGGCCGCUUCACCCAUCACUAGAAACUAUGGAAGGCGUGCGAGCAUUGUAUGUGGUGGAGUCAGCUUUUUUAUUGGAGCUGGUUUGAAUGCUGGAGCUGUGAAUUUAGCAAUGCUUCUUGCAGGAAGAAUCUUGCUCGGUGUUGGCAUUGGGUUUGGAAAUCAGGCGGUUCCUUUGUAUUUAUCAGAAGUGGCACCAACACAUCUCCGAGGUGGUUUAAACAUGAUGUUUCAGUUAGCUACAACUCUUGGGAUCUUCACAGCAAACAUGGUCAACUACGGUACACAACAGCUUAAGCCUUGGGGAUGGAGACUCUCUCUCGGCUUAGCUGCUUUUCCAGCCCUUCUCAUGACGCUAGGAGGGUAUUUCUUACCCGAGACACCAAACAGUUUGGUCGAAAGAGGGUUGACAGAGAGAGGAAGACGAGUUCUCGAGAAGCUAAGAGGUACCAAAAACGUAGACGCCGAGCUUCAAGACAUGGUAGAUGCGAGCGAGCUUGCGAACUCCAUCAAACACCCUUUCAGGAACAUUCUACAGAAACAGCAUAGGCCUCAGCUAGUUAUGGCUAUCUGCAUGCCAAUGUUUCAGAUCCUUACAGGGAUAAACUCAAUCCUCUUCUACGCUCCGGUUCUGUUUCAGACAAUGGGGUUUGGAGGGAACGCUUCUCUCUACUCAUCAGCUUUGACAGGAGCUGUUCUUGUCCUCUCAACGUUAAUCUCCAUAUCACUAGUGGAUAAACUAGGACGGCGAGCUCUUCUUAUCAGCGGAGGGGUGCAGAUGAUAAUCUGUCAAGCUAUAGUGUCAGUGAUCUUGGGAGUUAAGUUUGGAGACAACCAAGAGCUGUCAAAAGGGUACUCAAUAGUAGUAGUCAUCUUCAUCUGUCUCUUUGUGGUAGCUUUUGGAUGGUCAUGGGGACCUCUCGGAUGGACCAUACCGAGCGAGAUCUUUCCAUUGGAGACACGUUCAGCUGGUCAGAGUAUAACGGUUGCUGUGAAUCUCCUCUUCACUUUCUUCAUAGCUCAAGCUUUCCUCUCUUUGCUAUGUGCAUUCAAGUUUGGAAUCUUUCUAUUCUUCGCUGGAUGGGUCUCAGUGAUGACAAUCUUUGUCUACUUCUUGUUGCCUGAAACCAAAGGAGUGCCUAUUGAAGAGAUGACGCUGUUAUGGAAGAAACAUUGGUUCUGGAAAAAAGUAUUACCUGCAACAAAUCAUGAAGCUGAGAGUAACAACAACAGUUCUAUAUAAACCGAUUUUGUAAGGGUCAUUAGUCUGUUUUGAUUUUGUCAAGAAGAAUCAAGAAAUUUGUGUUGAAGAUUUUAUUGCAUAUGUAAUAACAAGUUGUGAUCAUCA